UACGUCAUUUAUUCACUCUCUUUUAUUCCUACUCUGUCUAUCCUUAUUUUUCGACUUAUACAGCAGCUCGCCUAUGGUGGAUUUUCGAUUCCAUCUAAACGUUCUCGAGUAGAGACGUUAUCAGAUAUGGCUCAAAAUAGAGGCCAUUGGCGAUCCUGCUGUAACCUUUUAAUUUCUUCAUAAAAAGUGGUUGCUUCUUCCUUAACUGAAAGAUCUCUUCUGAGUAUACGUUUCUGUUUCCCCCAUUAUCAUUAUUACACUACCUUACACUAAUCUGUUCGUUAUCGUUUUUUCUACGCUCCUUACCUUUUUUUUCCUUCUCUGCAAUUCUCAUUGUUUUGUGUGGCGCAUAUAUAUUUAGUGCCCUCCUGUACCAAUAUUUAUGUGUUCAAAUAAAUAAAUAAAUAAUAAGACCCUUGAUCUCCGUGGAGAGAGUUUAAUUGGUUAAAAUGAUUUUUUUGUUAGCGCUCUUUGGCGGGGUUGUCUUUCAUAUGGUGAAGUUGCUAACUACUCGCUCAACCCUCCACCUACUCUUGGAACUAGCAGUAAUCCUAGAGGGGCUCUAGUUGGAGUUGGCUUUAAACUUAUUAAACACUCAGUUUUUUCUUAAAUAUGCACUUGUGUAGUCGUUUUGGAUAUUAUUACAUUAUAUGCAUACAUUUUUUGAAUAUUAUGAACACUGGUUAACUACAGAAUUUUUGAUAAACCGAGCUAAACUAUAUGGGAAAUGUAGUCAAGUAAACAUUAUAGUUAUGACAAAUGCUAACUUAAAGCAAGUACUAAAUGGUUGUACGCGUGUUUUCAGUUGAUUCUCAGUAAAAGUGUCCAGACUCCACAAAUUUACAACUCCGAACGUGUAAUUCCAAGCAUAAAAUCUAGGCGCUUGCGUUAAAAAUUUGGAUCGAGAAACCAAAUGGUAAAAGUAGCAACGUAAUUACUUAUGGCCUAACAAAUGGUUGGAGAUAUAAUUUAGAAAGAGAAAUGAGUUGUAAAACAUGAAGUAUGCUGUUCGAUAAUCAGUCAGUGAAGUGUAUUCUCACCUAGAAAAUAUUACAGUUUAAAUAAACUGUUUUACAAUCAGCAAGAAAUUGAAUAAGAUCUAAAAGAUAUGAAGGGUAACUAAAUUUACUUGCAAAUGAAAAUUGACUAAGCAUCUCCAUGGGUCGAAUGUGAAAUUUUUCAUAAUAGUAGCAUGAAUGUAGAUUAUUUUACUAUUCUUGUUUAUUAUUGCCUUUGUCGUUUGUUUCUACCUUUUGAACCACUCUUUCCAAUGUUCUCUUUAUUUCUACUCACUCGAUAGCAGUCUAAACUUAUAUAAAAUAGUGGUAUGUCUACCUUUAAUCUAGUCUGAUAUUGCUUAUGUUCCAGCCUUUAAAUAAGCCAAACAACCAAACUCUGUGUUCUAACCAUCUUAGAAUGAUGAAAUGAUCUACUGAUUAACAUGAGUGUUAUGUAAGUCCCAGUGUUGAUGCAUUGUGUAAUUCUAAUGUAACCUGGGAUUUUCCAUAUACUCCUCAUUAUCUGACUUGUAAUUAUCUUUUUUUCAAUCUUUCUGCCUCAUGCCGUAUUAUAUAUUUAACAACUUACUUGUUAAUUUCUAGGAAUACAAAGCUGAAUUGCAUUAUAGGUGUACAAAAAUUGCACAAGAAAUAUCUAAUAAGGAGCAAUGUGAAGUCAAUAUGGAUAUAAUUUGCUUGAUGACUGAAUUGAUCUUCCGUUUUCACCAAAUUCUUGCCACAGAUCUAGAAACAUUUAGUCGGCAUGCAAAACGUUCAACAGUAACUGUGGAUGAUGUCUUUUGUUUCGUCCGAAGAAAUCCUCAACUGUUACAACAUUUAACGGAUUACCACAAAAAUCAAAUUGGGAAUAGUAAACAAGAAUCUGAUUUGUCAAGCGAAACUUUCAAAACAAAACCAAAGCUUAAAGCUGCUAGGAAAAAAUCUAACUUAAAUAAGAUUUGCUUUAGUGAACCCAAUAAACCGGACGAAGCAGAGCAAACUUUAUAACAAUAUAAUCACGAUGUCUAUUGUUUCUAAAAUUGUGAUUGUCAUACAGUGUAGAUAAUUUUUUAAUAUUAAAAAGGUAGAUAAAUAAUAUUAACUUCUUUUCUGACUAGAUUUGUUAGUUCUAAGAGUGUAAGUGAAACUUACAAUAUUAGUCUGAUGGUUGUUUCUAAGUUUAUUCAUGUUACUUCACAACUGUUGUUGAAAGUUUCAGUGACUGUAUGUCAAUAUCGAGGUGAUCCGUUCGGGAUGCAUACCUACCAAAGGAGACUAAUCAUUUGCAAUCCUUAACAUCAACA